AGAUUUUCGAAGAUUGGUCCUCUUUUCUUGUCCUUCUCUUUCUCUUCCUCUUCUCUUCUCUUCUCUUCUCUUCAGAUUCGUAGGAAUAGGAUUAUGAUAUCUCUGUCUCAAUCGUUGCGUUUUGUUCCAAAUCUCAUUUUCUAGGGUUUUCUUUUGUAUUGCUGCUGCCACUCAACAUUUCAGUAACCAUCCGCAUUUCUUUUCCCGUUGCCGAUGCCGAAAUUUAGCUGAGGGAAUGUGUUGCUUGAUUACUGCUACAAUGAGGGAAAGUCAAGCCAAAUCAACAAAGGGUCUUAAAUGUGAUGAUAAAACUCCACAGGUCAAUUGGUUACUUCACUCCAAUGCUCACGAGAAUUUCUCGUGUCAAGCCAAGUUUUUGCGCUCCAAUUUUCUCUUCUCUAUCCCAUCUAAGAAGCCUCGCAAUGAAGAACCAACUGCUCCAACUGGCAGGUUUGUUGCUCAACAAGGUCAAAAUUCUCAGAGAGUACAAUUUGAGAAGGCUUGGCAUGCUCUUUCAAGUCUACAGAAUUCUGGUAGGAACUAUGUUCAACCUGGGAAAACUAUCAAGGUUACUCCUCAGUGUUGUGAAGACAGGAGAACAAAUUCCUUCCAAGGAAGUUAUGAGAAUGAUAAGCUCAGGGAAUCUGAUGUCACCACAACUCCAAUUGUUAUCAAUCACAGUUCUCGUGUUUCGGCUGGUUCAGUUAACAAUCAUAGCAAGUACACAGGCCAAAUCAAUGAGUCUACAAAAUGUAUGGCUGUUGAUAUUGAUGAUGAUGACAUACUUGAGAACAUUGAUGUUGACCAAAUUGUGGAGAAAUAUCAGUCAACAUGCACUCCCCAACCACCAAUAUCCAAGCUUCCACCUCUAACACCAACUGUAGAUAAAGACAAUUUUGAUAGACAGGGAAAUAAUGUUUUGCCACCAGAGCUCUUUGUAGAUUGCAUCCAUGGUUACAAGUUAGGGCUUUGCCCUGAAGCAGCAAGUCAUUUGCAGGAAUUGAAGGAUGAUCUGAUUGCUAUAUCUAAUGAACUGCUUGACAAUGGUGACAACCUCAGUUCUACACAGAUAGCAAAGCUUCGCCAUGAUAGGUCACAGCUGAAUAACCAAAUUCGGCAUCUUGAAAAAUAUCUUCAGUCCAGUAAUCUUAAUGAGGAAAGGCAGAAGUCUCAUUUUUCUGCUUCCACAGCACCACCUACAUCUUUUGUGUAUGAAACACCUCAGCAAACUGUCCUCUGUGAUGGACCAAAGAGAUAUGAUGCUCAGGCUUGUAUGGGUAAUGGGACACCUGGGUCAUUGUUUCAGUCCCUUCCAUCCUUUUCUGUAGAUAAGUAUAGCAUGUCAACAGGUCCAGUGGAGAGAGAAGCAUUCAUCCCAAAGAUUAUUGAAGUUAAUUACAUUGAAGGCUCUGGAGAUAAACGAUGGAGCAGACAGGAUUUUGCUUGGACAAAAAAGUUAGAGGUUAAUAAUAAAAAGGUAUUUGGAAAUCACUCAUUUCGCCCCAAUCAAAGAGAGGUCAUUAAUGCCACAAUGAGUGGAUGUGAUGUUUUUGUUUUGAUGCCCACUGGUGGUGGAAAGAGUCUGACCUAUCAGCUACCAGCCCUUAUUUGUCCUGGUAUAACAUUAGUAAUUUCUCCCCUUGUGUCCCUUAUUCAAGAUCAAAUAAUGCACUUAUUGCAGGCAAAUAUACCUGCUGCUUACUUAAGUGCCAAUAUGGAAUGGACAGAGCAGCAGGAGAUUCUCCGAGAACUUAAUUCUGACUACUGUAAAUACAAGUUGUUAUAUGUAACACCUGAGAAGGUUGCCAAAAGUGAUGUUCUUCUGCGACACUUGGAGAGUUUACAUGUUCGUGAGUUACUUGCAAGGAUUGUAAUUGAUGAGGCUCACUGUGUGAGCCAAUGGGGACAUGAUUUUAGACCAGAUUAUCAGGGACUUGGUAUAUUGAAACAGAAAUUCCCAAAUACUCCUGUUUUAGCUUUAACAGCCACAGCAACAGCUAGUGUAAAAGAAGAUGUUGUGCAAGCACUUGGUCUUGUUAACUGCAUUGUUUUUCGGCAAAGUUUUAAUCGGCCAAACUUAUGGUAUUCUGUUAUCCCAAAGACCAGAAAGUGUUUGGAAGACAUUGACAAAUUUAUUAGGGAAAAUCAUUUUGAUGAAUGUGGCAUUAUCUAUUGUCUUUCACGAAUGGACUGUGAAAAGGUUGCUGAAAAAUUACAGGAAUGUGGGCAUAAAUGUGCAUUUUAUCAUGGUAGUAUGGAUCCUGCUCAACGUACCUUUGUUCAAAAGCAGUGGAGCAAAGAUGAGAUCAAUAUAAUUUGUGCUACAGUGGCAUUUGGAAUGGGUAUUAACAAACCAGAUGUCCGCUUUGUAAUCCAUCAUUCCCUCCCAAAAUCUAUUGAAGGCUAUCAUCAGGAAUGUGGACGAGCUGGUAGAGACGGUCAACGUUCAUCCUGUGUAUUAUAUUAUAACUAUAGUGAUUAUAUACGAGUUAAGCAUAUGUUAAGUCAAGGAGCAAUAGAGCAAAGUUCCAUCACAUCUGGAUAUAACCGUUCAAAUAUGACAAAUUCAGGAAGGAUACUGGAAACAAACACUGUAAACCUUUUGCGAAUGGUCAGUUAUUGUGAAAAUGAUGUUGAUUGUCGGCGCCUUCUGCAGCUUGCUCAUUUUGGGGAGAAGUUCAAUUCUUCAACUUGUCAGAAAACAUGUGAUAAUUGCUUGAAGAUCACAAGUUUCAUUGAGAAGGAUGUCACUGAGAUUGCUAAGCAAUUGGUUGAACUUGUUAAGCUAACGGGACAGGUGGUCUCAUCAUCUCAUAUAUUAGAAGUGUAUCGUGGUUCCUUGAGCCAGAUGGUCAAGAGACACCGGCAUGAGAUUCUGAGCCUUCAUGGUGCUGGGAAGCAUCUAGCUAAAGGUGAGGCUUCCCGUGUAUUGCAUCAUCUUGUUGUUGAGGAUUUUCUUGUGGAGGAGGUAAAGAAAAGUGAUAUUUAUGGAUCGGUAUCAUCAAUAUUGAAGGUAAACAAUCCCAAGGUCCAUAAUCUGUUUGCCGGGCAGAGAAUUAUAUUGAGAUUCCCAUCCUCUGCAAAGGCAACAAAGCCAGGGAAAUCUGAUGUAACUCCAGCUAAAGGUUCUCUGACAUCUGGGAAGCUUAAUCUUCCAGUAAUUGACAUUCCUGCCCAGCCUCAAACUGAAGUGGAUUUGAAUCUUUCAGCUAAGUUAUACACUGCUCUGCGGAUGUUGCGGACAACUCUUGUUAGAGAAGCUGGAGAGGGUGUUAUGGCUUACCACAUAUUUGGUAAUGCUACAUUGCAGCAGAUCAGUAAGAGAGUGCCAAGAACAAAGGAAGAACUCCUUGAUAUCAAUGGCAUUAGCAAGACUAAGGUAAGCAAGUACGGGGAUCGGUUACUUGAAACCAUUGAAAAUACCAUAAAUGAAUAUUACAAGUCGGACAAAAACAGCAGCAGCAGCAGCAAAGGCAGUGCUGAUUCUACCAAAAGGAGGCGAGAGACAAAUGGAGUCCCAGAUGAAAAUGCUGAUGAUCGUGAUGCCUUCACCACAAGUACAGGUCGUUCAAAGAAAAGGACCGUAAAGAGACAAAAUAGAAAAGCUGAGAUAUAUGAUUCUGCGGAAGAAGAUUAUUUGCAUGGAUGCCUUGAUGAAGACUUAGAUUUGGACGUCAGAGAAAUUGGUGCAUUAGAUAAAACAACUUGUAAAAAUGAAGCAGGAAGAGUGCUACCACAAUGGACAGCAUCUUGAAAUGUUAUACGAGGAUCAUGUUGUAUAUGCCCCUUUCAGAUAUGUAUGCUGUCAUAGGCUUUUGGCGGAUCAAACUCGCAGUAAUUUAUUCCAUCGAUCAGCACCAUGCUGCUGUUUCAGUUACUUAGCCAUAUAUGUACAUAUAUGUACAUAUGCGAGGGUGCGGGUCCACUUGGCCGCGUGGUUCGAUGAGAUAAAAAAACACGGCUGUCUUGCAAAAUCACUUCGUUUAGAGUGUGCCGUAUGGCAAUGCUUUUAAGGAAUUUCUGCUUGGCUAUUGGCUGUUUGUAAUUUGAUUUUGAUGUGUUAUUUGCAGAGAAUAUAUUAAAUUACUGAUAAGAUUC